AGCUUGCCUUUUUUGGGCUUUGGGCUCGAAGCGCUGCCCACGCCUGCCGACGCGGCCAGCAGGACUCAUGGACCGCCCCUCCGCGCCGUAAGCCGGCUGCCCCGCGAGCCAUGCGGCUGGCGCUGCUGCUCCUGCACUUCAUAUGCAUUGGUGCCCCCGUCGUCGACGAAAAACUCGACGACGCCCUGUGGCAGAAGGCGAAAGAAGCCCUCGGCGCAUCCCCAGCGUCGACGAUCGUCCACUCGCACUUCAGCAAGUGGUUGGAUGAUCGGCUCGACGCCGCGCUCGGCGACGACGCGGGCGCGACGGGCCCUGAAGGUGUCGCAGCUUUUGUGAGGAACAUCUCGGCGUUGCCGCGGCGACCCGUCAUCGGUUUGCGGGUCGCGAAGCGGAAUGCGAGUGGGUUGUGUGCCUUUGUUGAGGUCGCGGUGCCGGCGCUCGAGCAGGCCAAGCAUAUCGAGGCCUACGCUCUCACAUCAGUAGGAACCGCGGCAAAUGGCUCGCCCUUCCACCCCCACUCCCUGAAGGGUUGUGAACAGGCGUGCCCCGGCGCCGUCGCGGCGUUGCUGGCCCAGCCGAAGCUCCAAGCCUGGUACGUCUCGCAGCACUGGGCGCCGCCGCCCCACGCCCGGAACAUGUCCUCGUCCAAAAGGUUAAGACGGCAGAUGCGCUUGGAAAAAGUUCAACAAAUACCAUUAGGUGUCCACUUAACUCUGGCGGCCGCGCGAGGCCUCGAAGCCGCCUGGGCCUCUACUUCUACAAAGCGAUCGUUAAUAGCGUCCCACGUCUCGCUCCACAACCACGAACGGGCCUUCGCCUUCGACCAGCUGCGCAACGCCCUGAAGCGGGGUGACGUUUCCCUAGAAAAUGAAUUUCCCGUCCAAACAACAGAUAUGCCUCCCAUCUCCAUGAACGCCGAGGAGUGGACGACCAAGGUCCAUGCGCGACGGUUAGCGGGCGGGAAGCACGGCAGCUUCCAGCAGACGCGCAAUACGACCAAUGACAUGAGAUCGGUAGCCUUAGCGUCGUACCUCUACAAGUUACGAACGACGAAGUUCGCCUUCUCGCCGAUCGGUUCGGGCCUGGACUGCCACCGCCACUACGAAAUUUUGUCUUUUGGAGCCGUUCCCCUCGUGGACUACUCCGAGACAUUGGUAGAAUUGUAUAGAAAUCUACCCAUGGUGUUUGUGAGGCAGUGGACGAAGGUGACGGCCCGAACUCUAGAAAGGGCGUGGGGCGCCGUCCUAGAUCGGCGCGAGUCCUACGACUAUCGUGAGCUGCGACGGGACACGUGGCGUAGGCGUGUUUUGGCCUUUCGGGAUCGACAAACGUACGCGAAAGCUUUAUGGGAUACGCCUCGAAAGCGCACGGGCAAGGACGACCCCGCGUGGCGGAGCGACAAGAAGACGUGCAAAGGGGUCGCGAAAAAGAACAAGUGCUCUACAAAAGUUGGUGAAGACGGCGUGCCGGCCGUUAUUGCCUGUCCCGUGGCGUGCGCGCCUUCAUUACUACCUCCUAUUGUGAUCGGUGCCGGGCCCACGGCGGAGACCCGCGAGGAGACGGUGUUUGAAGAAGGUGGUGAUAACGCUACGCUGCCCUCCUGGGUCGGCACGUCCUCGAAAGCCAAGGCCCUGGGGUCGGGCAAGAGCGUGCACCGCUGGGCGCGCAAGAGUCAUUUAGCGAAGUUGGCCAAAUUUGAGCACUAAUAAGUAUACGUUAUGUU